CGGAGCAUGGCAGCGCUCGCGGCCGCCUCCCCCGGCGGGGACGAGGGGCUGGAGGAGGAUGAGGAUGAGCUGGAGCCGGGGCUGGACGAGGCCGAGGCCGAGCCGGAGGUGGCCAAGGCGGCGGGGGCGGCCCGGGGAGCGGUGCUGACCCGCAGGGGCAUCACCCUGAGGGUCCUGCUCCGAGACGGGCUCCUGGAGCCGGGCAGGGGCGUCCUGUCCAUCUACUACCUGGGCAAGAAGUUCGUGGGGGACCUGGGCUCGGACGGGACGAUCACCUGGCAGGAGACGGGGCAGGUGUUCAACUCGCCCAGCGCCUGGGCCACGCACUGCAAGCGCCUGGUGAACCCCGCCAAGAAGUCGGGCUGCGGCUGGGCCUCGGUGCGCUACAAGGGCCAGAAGCUGGACCAGUACAAGGCGGCCUGGCUGCGCAAGCACCAGCCCAACGUGCCGCCCCCCGACGAGGUGGGAGCGGGCUCGCCUCCCCCCGGCACCCCCAGCGUGCGGGGCGAGCUGGGUGCCAGCCCCGUGUGCCCGCAGAGCUUGGCCAGCGAGGGCGAGGAGGAGGAGCUGCCCGAGGAUGAGGAGGAGGAGGCGGCCAGGGAGGGUCGGCUGGCGGUGCCGGAGCCGGCGGCUCCCAAAAGGCCGGAGGAGAGGAGCAAGAAGCAGCAGGGGAAGGGCCCGGCGGAGCCGGCGGGGACGGAUGGAGGCAGCGCGGGGAAAAGGCUGGAGGUGAAACCCCGGGUGCCCGUCCGCUACUGCACCCUGGGCACCCGCGACUCGGCCAGGAACCCCCAGACCCUGGUGGAGGUGACCUCCUUUGCCGCCAUCAACAAAUUCCAGCCCUUCAACGUGGCCAUCUCCAGCAACGUCCUCCUGCUCCUGGAUUUCCACAGCCACCUGACGCGGAGCGAAGUGGUGGGGUACCUGGGGGGGCGCUGGGACACCAACACCCAGCUGCUGACCGUGCUUCGGGCCUUCCCCUGCCGGACCCGCCUGGGCGACGCCGAAGCCGCGGGCGCAGUGGAGGAGGAGAUCUGCCAGAGCCUGUUCCUGCGGGGGCUGUCGCUGGUGGGGUGGUACCACAGCCACCCCUUCGGGCCGGCGCUGCCGUCCCUGCACGACAUCGACGCGCAGAUGGAUUAUCAGCUCAAACUGCAGGGCAGCGGCAACGGCUUCCAGCCCUGCCUGGGGCUCAUCUGCGGGCCCUUCUACCACGGCAACCCUGGCGUGGAGUCCAAAAUCGCGCCCUUCUGGGUGAUGCCGCCGCCAGAGCAACGGCCCAACGACUACGGGAUCCCCAUGGAUGUGGAGGUCACCUACAUCCAGGACGGAUUCCUCACCAACGACGUCGUGCAGGAGAUGACGCUGCUGGUGGAGUUCUACAAGGGAGCCCCCGACCUGGUGAAGUUCCAGGAGCUGUGGAGUCAGGAUCAGACCUACCUGGACAAGCUGAAGGGCUCCCUGGCCUCCCGCACCCCCAAAGACCAGAGCUUCAGCCACGUCCUGGAGCAGAUCUUCAGCCUGCUGAAGCUCAGCGGGUGAGGGCCCGCGGCCCCUCGCUGGGACCAGGCGCCUCCCGCAGCCCGGGCGGGGCUCGCAGCCCCGGGGCUCUCCCGGGCCCGC